AUGGUGUCGAUUUAUAUAAAUUGUGGCAGGUCCUUACCACAUCAGAUUGGUCAUCUUCCAAAUUUAGAGAUAUUAAACCUCGGUGGGAAUAACCUCAAUGAGGUCAUCCCAUCCUUAAUCUUCAAUAUGUCCACAAUAGCAGUAAUAUCGCUUUUCGACAAUCAGCUCUCAGGCAACCUUCCACCAAACACAGGCCUUGGCCUUCCAAACCUACAACGCUUCUAUCGAGGAGGAAAUAAACUUAGCGGAGCAAUCCCCAAAUCUUUGUCCAAUGCUUCUAACCUGGAGGACAUAGACCUAGGCAGCAACCUAUUAUUUGGCGUUAUUCCUAGCACCCUAUGUACCUUGACAAAACUUCAGCGGCUUCAACUAUUUGAUAAUAACCUGACCGUCAGUACUUCGACUCCAGAACUGGAUGUUCUCUUUUGUUUGGCAAAUCUUCGCAACUUGAGGAGACUAGACUUCUCAGUGAAUCCAUUAGAUGCCAACCUUCCUAUUUCCUUUACGAAUACAUCUCUUCAAUAUAUUUAUUUUUACAACUGCAACAUGAGGGGUGAAAUUCCCAAUGACAUCGGCAACUUGAGCAGCUUGAUAGUAUUAUCUCUGGUAAAGAAUCAAUUAAGUGGAUUGGUUCCAGCCUCAAUAGGAAGAAUCCGAAACCUCCAAGGUCUAUAUUUGGAAAGUAACACAUUUCAAGGACACAUGCCAGAUGAACUUUGCCAACUGAAAAACCUAGCUUCUUUGGUUUUGGCUGGCAAUCGACUGUCUGGCUCUAUACCUUCAUGCAUCGGCAAUCUAACUGGAGCUCUAAGGAUUCUAUCAUUGGAGUCUAAUUUGUUAACUUCUACAGUACCAUCUACCUUGUGGGGACUUACAUAUAUCCUGUACUUGAACUUGUCAUCGAAUUCUCUGAUCGGGUCUAUCGGAGAAGGUGUUGGUAAUUUGAAAGUUGCCACAGAUAUAGAUUUUUCAAACAACCGAUUAUCCGGUGGUAUAGCAAGCAGCGUUGGUGGACUUCAGAACUUGGUCAAUCUGUCCUUGGCAAAUAAUAAACUACAAGGCGCCAUUCCUACUUCACUUGGCAAUUGCAUAAGCCUGGAAUCUUUGGACUUAUCCAAAAACAACUUAUCAGCAGUGAUUCCCAAGUCUCUUUCAGCGCUCUCAUAA